AUGAGUGCCCGAGGCGGAAGCCGACCACCUCCUCGAGGCCGCCCAAACAAGGUGACGAAGCCUUCCCCAGGAGGCCUCAAGCGCGACGCACACGGCCGCCAAAGCCGCCACUCCUCCGUCGCUACCGACCAGUUGGAGCAGCUCGCCCACGAUGCAGAGGCCGAGGCCGAGCACGAAGAUGACGACGAGAUAACCGCUCCUCCACCUCCUGGCUCCUCCUCCCACCAUCAUCAGCAGCAGCAUCAUCAGCAGCAGCAUCAUCAGCAGCAGCAUCAUCAUCACCCGAACCCCUUCGAUCUCGCCACAGCUGGCAUCCUAGCCAACGGUCCUCCUGGCUCCGUGCCCGGGACUGACUCCGAUAUCCACCCCGAUCUACACAAUUUGCCGGCCCAAUUCGCCAUGGAGGCCCCGAUGGGUACCCACGGCACCGGGACCUUGUCCCGGACGGCCGAGGACCUCGCCUCCGAGAGCGGAUAUGGGCAGCUGGUUAUCGAUAGUGCUCUCGCCAAGCGGCUGGCGAACAACGAAGGACAGCGGCCCGCGGUUCAGCGUCGCCAGGACCAGACUCUCAACCUGAAGAGAAGAAGCAACGUCGAAGCGUUACUGGCUCACGUGUCGGGACAGGAAGCCCACAGUCCAUGCAAGAGCUGUCAUAAAGGGUAUGGGCCUUGGAACGGGUGUGUCGUCGUCAAUGGCCAGAUGUGUGGCAGCUGUGCGAACUGCUGGUUCAAUGCGAGCGGCUCCCGUUGUUCUUUUCACGAAAACAACCUUCCCCAGCAUAUGCCAGCAAUCCAAAUACAGCCUGUGCCACAGGUAUCCGCGAACACAAGCUUUGCCGGCACAGCGCCGAUGGCUCCCGGCAUGGCCCCCGUAGGCUCCAGUUUCGGGCAGCCAGGCGCCGACCCGACGGUUGCCCAGUUUGUGAAGGAUGUGUUAGACAGGGCCAUGGUAGAGGCUCGGAGCGACAACCCCCACGUUCGAUUCCAGCUCCGGAUCGAAACGGCGGCGCGGCAGCUGGCUCUGGCUAGCGCCGAGUAUGCCGAGUUUCUCGCUCAGCAGGGAGGCCAUGACCCGAGUCAGCAUCCCGACGCAGAAGGCUCCGCGCCGGAGGCGGCGAUGGGUGAGGGGGACAACGGGGCUUGA